UCAAUUAGCAUUGGCUGAAUGAGCAUUGCAAGGCACAAAAUUGGUCGCACGAAAGUUCGCCACUGAUAUGGCGUCAAUUUGGUAUGCGAACUGCAAAUGCUGUAUACAUGGGUGGUGCAACGCAGUUCUGGAAAUUCAUUCACGAAUAUUACGGGAUUCGAUCUGAGCUUAGUCAAGAUGAGCUGCAGGCUCUGGGUCAAGAUUUCGUACAGGAAACUGAGGCUGGUAGAGAAAAAAACGUUUCAAAAGCAACACAAAAAAAUGAAUACAUUGCAAUUUUAGGAUCAGAUGUAUCACUUUGUCAAACUCUUACAGCUGAGUUGUUCCUCCUUGAAAAACUGUAUCAAGCCAAAAUUAUGAUAGUCAAAUUAUAUGAUACAUCGUCAAGUAAUCCAAAACUCAAACGGCAAGGAGAUCUUAGUGAUACAGUUACUAAAGGUUUGCGCACUCCGAUAAUUGUACAAAAAAUUGAGACUGCUCUAAUUAAUUGCACCGUAUUGAUUCUAUUGGAUGAAAUACCGCGGAUGGAGGAGGAGACUACAGAAAAUUGGCUGAAACGUAAUCGUAGCAUCAUGCUUGAAUUGGCAGCAGACAUAAAUAAAUUCGCUCCAGCUGAAAUGAAAGUAAUAUUUUGUUCCACUGGCCCAAGUUGUUUUAAUGCCGGAAUACUUGCCACUGCAGCUCCAAAGCUAGAUGCCCACAAUAUAGUAGCAGUUGCCCUUUCAGAGGGUAUUGAGAAUCUUAGAGAAACCUUAGAUUCCGUCGGUUUUCCAUUGACAGAGAUAGGGCACCCCCCAGUUUGGGGAUUCUCAGCAAUAAACCAUUUCGUCGACUUCUGCAAUAUUGUACAAAGACAUGAGAUUUACAGACCUAACAACAGAGCUAUAAAAGCUCACAAAGGUACAACUUUACCACUUGGUGUGAAGCAACCUGAUUUAAGAUCAAUGUUCUACUUGCUACACGAGAAAAGUUCUCUGGUGAAUAAUCCCACGUUCGAGGUAAUAAAGGUGAACGACUCUCAAAAGUGUAAAGCUAUCUGCGAUCUGCUCAGACUUUGGUAUUCGGACAGUUCUAAUGAUGGUGAAAUCAUUAGCUUAGGAGUGCGUUCGAAUGGUACGUUUGGCAUUCCAAGUGGAAUAUAUUUUGUGCAACCCGUCUGUCUGAAAAAGAGAAAGAACAAGUCUUAUGUUUGGGUACCACACACCCAUUUUCCUGUACCGAAUCACACUCGCUGUAUUCUUGGUAGCAUGAUCAAUGGAGCUAAAAUUCUGCUUGAUAAACUUGUUCUUCAGCCAGUUGAAAAUACUCAAUAAAUAUUCUCACAAAUAAUAU